UGUCACUGUGAUUGCAGUAACCAGAGAGUGAGAUAGAGAGAGAGUUCUGAACUUAUGUAACAAGGAGUGGAGGUAGGAUACGAAUGUGAAGCUGGGAUGGAAAAUCUAAACCAAAGCAGGAGAGAAUUUCUUUUGCCUUUAGUGAGGGAAGAGAAAGGAACAGGGGAAGGAGAAAGAGAAGGAACGCUUGGACAGAGACAAGAAGAGACUGAGAAGACUGGCCAAACAGGAUACUACUGAAUUCCAUUCAACAUGGAAAAUAUGGAGCUGCCACCUCGACCAAAACUCUUUGACUUCCACGGAGUCUCCAUGAYCCACUAUUUCACUGACAACUGGGAGAACAUACAAAACUUCCAGGCCAGGCCAGAUGAUAUCCUCAUCGCCACUUACCCCAAAGCAGGUACCACAUGGGUCUCCUACAUUCUAGACCUGCUGUAUUUUGGUCAGACAGYCCCUGAGCGUCAGACUUCACUGCCUAUCUAUGAGAGAGUGCCAUUCCUGGAGAGUGACUUCCAUAUUCUCCCUCCAGAUCCCCACCCCUCUGUACACACAGGAACAGAGCUGGCAGACAAGUUAUCCACCUCUCCUCGCCUCAUCAAGACUCACCUCCCAGUCCAGUUGGUGCCCAAGUCCUUCUGGGAGCAGAACUGCAGGAUAGUGUAUGUGGCCCGUAAUGCCAAGGACAAUGCAGUGUCUUAUUUCCACUUUGACCGCAUGAACCAGGCCGAGCCAGAGCCAGGAGACUGGAACAACUUCUUACAGAGAUUCAUGGAUGGAAAGUUGGUGUUUGGUUCCUGGUACGACCAUGUGACUGGCUGGUGGGAGAGGAAACAUACUCACUCAAAACUCCACUACGUUUUCUAUGAGGAUAUGGUUGAGGAUACGGGGAGAGAGCUGGACAGGCUGUGCUCCUUCCUAGGGUUGUCUCCUUCAGCAGAGGAGAAGGAGAGGGUGAGAGGAGGAGUGCAGUUUGAUACAAUGAAGAAGAACAGCAUGGCCAACUACUCCACCGUCCCAGUCAUGGAUUUCAAGAUCUCUCCAUUCAUGCGAAAAGGAAAGGUUGGUGACUGGAAGAACCAUUUCACUGUGGCCCAGAGUGAACGGUUUGAUGAAGACUAUAAGAAGAAGAUGAAGAACACCACCGUACAGUUCCGCACUGUAGUCUAGGGGUUGUGAUCAGGUUGACUGGUGCAUAUGCAUCUCAGCUCUGCUGGAGUCAUGGUGCUGAAAUGUACAAUAUGCUGAUACUAUCUCUACUGUAUAAAUAAGAGAGCGAAUGAUGUCUUACUUUGAGAUAAAGUCAAAUGAUAGACAUGCACAAUGUCAACAAUGGUUUGUUUAGUUAUAAACACACACACACUGUAUGCUCAUGUAACUUUACAAUUAUAGCUGAUAAUUGAGUUGAGAACAAGUUAUUACAUUAAAUAAACUAACCAAAAGAGGAAGAGCGUAAACACAAAAUGAGACAUGGUCGUUAAGUUAAAAACAGAAAUAGAGAGAGUGAAAAUAAAAUAUAAACAAAAUAAAUACUAGAGGGACAAAAUGAAUCAGCAAAAUAUUAUUAUCAAAGUCAUAUUGAUGUACACCUAUUUUACAUUUUGACAUGAUAAAUGUUUCACUUUGAACAGAUGCUAGCUUUGUUCCUAAACUCAGGCCCCUACCAGACUACAGUCCAACGUUUACCCAUGCAAUCAAUGUUGACAGGUAUUGUAGCUAAACAUGUCAAAUAGGUAAAAGUGUUAUAAGUUGUGGAUGUUUUUUAUAUGCUUUUGUAUGUGUGCAUGUUACAGAUUAUUGUGGAAUUAAACUAAAGAAAAAUAGCAGUGCAAAAAUAA